AUGGUUGGUAUCCUCUCUCAGACAUUACAAGAGUCUGGUCCUGGAACUGUGAGACCCUCAGAGUCACUCAGACUGACCUGCACAGUUUCUGGGUUUGAGCUAACUAGCUAUUAUGUGCACUGGAUCAGGCAGCCUCCUGGGAAGGUGUUGGAAUGGAUUGGAGCUGUAAGACCUGUUGGGAGCACAGCUAUAUCUGAUUCACUUAAAAACAGAGUUACAAUUACUAAAGACAAUGGGAAGAAGCAGGCCUACCUCCAAAUGAAUGGGAUGGAAGUUAAAGACACUGCCAUGUAUUACUGUGCAAGAGAGAGACACAGUAUCCUCUCUCAGACAUUACAAGAGUCUGGUCCUGGAACUGUGAGACCCUCAGAGUCACUCAGACUGACCUGCACAGUUUCUGGGUUUGAGCUAACUAGCUAUGGUGUGAGCUGGAUCAGGCAGCCUCCUGGGAAGGGACUGGAAUGGAUUGGAGCUGCAUGGUAUGACGGGGGUGCAUAUCUUGCUGAUUCCCUUAAAAACAGAGUUACAAUUACUAAAGACAAUGGGAAGAAGCAGGUCUACCUCCAAAUGAAUGGGAUGGAAGUUAAAGACACCGCCAUGUAUUACUGUGCAAGAGACACAACAUUACAGGAGUCUGGUCCUGGAACUGUGAGACCCUCAGAGUCACUCAGACUGACCUGCACAGUUUCUGGGUUUGAGCUAACUAGCUAUGGUGUGAGCUGGAUCAGGCAGCCUCCUGGGAAGGGACUGGAAUGGAUUGGAGCUGCAUGGCCUAGUGCAAGCCCAGAUAUUGCUGAGUCACUUAAAAACAGAGUUACAAUUACUAAAGACAAUGGGAAGAAGCAGGUCUACCUCCAAAUGAAUGGGAUGGAAGUUAAAGACACUGCCAUGUAUUACUGUGCAAGAGACACAGUGACAGAACAGAAUGAGGAACUCAGACAAUAA